UAUGGUUUGAAUGUCAGUGAACCUGAUACUACACAGCCUUUGCCACCUGCAUCAUUUCAAAGAUUCUUGAGAUCUGAUAAGAAGAUUCCUGGGGUUGUACUUACAGAUCAUAAAGAGCACUAUUCAAACAAGUAAGAAACAUUUGUGUCACGCAAACUCAGUGGUGGAUCCAAGGGAGGGGCCCAGGGGGUCCGGCCUUCCCCAGUUAUUUUUAGACCAAACUGAGGCCUAAAUGGCCAAAAAAUAUUUUUUUGGAGACCACCCUCCCCCCCCCUCCCUUAUCUCAAGGUCUGGAUCCAACACUGGUAGUGCCCCAGUAUCCCUGGGCGUGAUGUUUUUUUUCAUUUUUCGUAUCAAAUCAUUUAAUGCUUUCUGUAUAUUUUUAAGGCUUGGAAAUUCAGCACGAGAUUUUUGAGGGGUUAGUUUUGGUCCAGGGAUUGUUUUGGGUUUUGUUGGAAGCCCUAAGAACUUUUUUGGGGUUUUGAGUUCUGUCCCUAUUUGAUCAUCCCUGUCACUUAAAAUCCGGAGUACGCCCAUGGGAUUAAAUGUCUGCGCUUGUUCUGGGUAACCAGUGGUAGCGUCACAAAAUGUCAGCUGUUAUCUACACACAUUAUAUUCUCCUGACUGAUCUCCAUAAAUUUCCUUGAAGAAUAACAGUCAAACCCUGUUAUUACGGAAGGGACCAGAGAAAGCGUCCAAAUUAAGUGGGUUGUGCUGUUAAAAUAAAAUACCUCUUUAACUAGAACAAAAAACCAAAGAAUUCAGAUAAAGAAGGACAUAAGCGUCGUCAAAUUAAACUUCUCUGACCUUCAUAAAGCCACCACUAUAAUGUUUUUAUUUAUAAUAAUCAUAAAGUUCAGGAUUCCACCCAUGUGUCUGUAAUCUGAAAGGUUCUAUGCACCAAUCAAUCAUAGUUUGCAAAGCAUUCAGUAUGCUUGAUGACUAUGGCACAGGUUGUCAAAAUGUCAGUCACUGUUAGCAACAGUCCUAUUCAGGACUACAUUCACCUGGAUGAUCAUGCUUGACCUACUCAUGAAAUGACUCCUGUGUCCAAAUCUGUCAACGUGAUCACUAGUUUCUUCUCAAACUAACCUACUGAUCUUGCAUUUUCAGAUUCUACAAUAGUCACUUUGAUGACCUCUACCAAGUAGGAGGCAAUUUCUCAAAGGAGAAUGAUAUAGUUUAUCUUUUAAAUGACUUUACAAAGGUAUGUGUUUAAUUUUCAUAUUAAAAAUACAGUCCACCCUUUCUGAAUGGUCAGUUCUGUAAGAGUACACCUCCCAAAAAUGUUUUGUGGAGGUGUUCCUUGCCUCUCUUCUGUAACUUUGCCUGCUUUAUGUUAACCCUAAACACAGAUAUUUUUCUUACAAGUAUGUUAUGAAGUAGACUACGAGCAGUCUUUCUUUUUUCUUGGUCCGUCGAGCAAAACACCCGAGACAUUCAAAUGACCACGCACGUGACUGGAGGCGCGAGAUGGGAGAGGCACUCGUUUCUCAUGUCUCGCGGCUUCGCUGCUCAACACUCACGUGCAGGUGCACUCCCCUUACUAAAUCUGAAGGAAAAGAGAGGCUCCUCGUAGCUUAGUUAUGAAGCUGAGAUUUUGUUAGCCUGAGAAAACAGCUGACAUCUUAUGAUGUCACCACAGGUUUCCCUGUGAAAUGAUGUUUGAGGAAUGACAGUUCUGUCAUUAAGUUUUUAAGCAGCUGUAGCAAAUGAAGAUUCAACUGUAACAUAAUACAAAAAUUUAUAGUGCCACCUUUAGCUUCCUACUUUGAUCACCUGUAACAUCAAGGUGAGCUCAGCUGUACUCGGGUUUAUGGGUUACGGCCCUUAAUGACAGCUCUGAAUGAGUACUGAUGACGUGUCACUACCCAGAUCUGAGAAGUGCUUCAGAUAGAGUGAAACAUUUUCAACCAGCCAAAUCCAACCAAGGAAUUAAUUUCUUUGCUAUAAUUAAAAGCCGCUUGCCAGAAACUGAAAACAGAAUCGAAAAUCUUGAAAACAAAAUAAGCUUUUUCGGAGAGGUGUCACUGAAACACCAACACUACAGUUGGUAGUAUUUAACAAUUUUCCAAGAGUGCGCCUUAGAUAUGAGAUGGUAGAUAGCCAACAAGGCGCUUAAGUUUGAGCAGAUGGGCACAGUUACCAUAUUUGGAGAUCAUGGUAUAAUGGCUCAUAUACCAUGAUGGCUAAGCCAAUCAGAGCUCUAGAAUUGCAAUAUCCAAUGAUUCAGUCUUUGAACAGAAUUAUUUUACAAAUGGGUUCAUGGCCAUGGCCAACCAGUUGUAACUAAUGGUAAGAGUUUCAACUCGUGGGUGAAACCAAAGGCCUUGACUUGGAUGUCUUUCAUUGUAGAAACUUGCAAAGAUUGCUGCAACAUUAGCCAGAACUCUGUAUAUUUUGGCAAAUGAUAGUCAACCUCCUGAAUAUGAAAUUAAUGCAGACAAUGAUACAGAAGCUGUGGUAAGUGUCUUGUUAGUUUACUAAGAUGCAGUUUCACCAAGAUUCUCUGCUUCUUGAAAAUAAAACCGAACUUACCAUAAGCGACCACACAACAUGCAAAGAUUCAGGGGCAGAUUAUAGGAGGUGAUCACUUAUAAGAAUAAUCCAGGGCCAAGUUGUUUGAACACCGGUAAGAGCUAACCCGGGGUCAAAAUUUUAACCUGCGUUUCUUUUUCUUUUUAUCAAAAGCACUCUCUCUGAUAAUUUUCUCUAUUCUUUUUAAGGUAUCCACUCAUCAAAUUGUAGGGAAAGAGAAUUAUACUUUUUAGCUCUCAUAUCUGAGUUCAAAUUUCGCACUAACCCUGGGUCAUCUUAACCCAGCUUUGCACAACCCAGCCCAUAUCCAUGUCCGUUAAUAUGUACCUACCUUUUGAAAAAGAAUUUUAUUGCAUACAAUUUCCAAGUUACAAAAUGUGUUGCUCCAUAUUGCCACUAAAUGUUCUUCAGGUACUCGGAGGAGGGUGUCAGAUACAGUGAACAUGGAGAUCAGACUAUUAUAUCAAGUGAUGGCUUAUAGGAAGAAAAACAGUGGAAAAACUAUUAAACAGACACCUCAAAAUUAAUUGGCCACUCCAGAAAAUACCAUAACAUACCAUAAUACUCUUUUUCGUCACCCCAAAAUUUUCCAUAAGAAUUGUCUUUGGUUUCUUUUGGGAGUUAAAAUGGCCCCAAUGAAACUUUUGGGGUGACAAACAAAGGGCAUUAUGGUAUGUUAUGGUAUUUUCUGGAGGGGUCAAUAUAUUGCAGUCUCUUACGAGAGAUGGUUGCUUUUGAAGGGUGGUUGCACAUGGAGGUUCAAGUAAUAUAUCAAGAUUCAUCCACCUGACCCAAAUGGUCGUCAGUUAUUGGCUUUUUGACUGCAUGAAAAAUUAAUGAAUUUUAGAUCCAUACAUUAUAAACAUGAGUGUAUUUAGAGGAGGUCAGUGUUGUGUGAAGGGUCUUUGAAUAAAGGCCACAGUGUUUCAUCCAAUAUACUAGACUCUUCUCUGUUGAGUGAGUAACUUUGAGGUAUCUGAAUAUUGAAUACACACUGUCUUCCUCAAUUCUCAGAUAUUGUUGUAGAGAAAUGCUGCAGAAUUUUAUCUAAUAUCCAAUUCUUCUUUAUACUCUCUUUAUUCUCCAUGGAUUUCUCUGUAAUCUGUCAGCACCCAUGGUAUUGAAGGUUUACUUGACUUCAGUGACCGAGGUUAAAUGUUUUUUUGUCCACACAGAUUGGUCAUCUUGCUUACUGCUUCUUUGUUCGCGCCAACUGCCCUCUUUACAGAGAGGUCUUUUCCAGCAAGUCGUGGAAUUCCUUGAAGGACUGUAAGUACAUAGUUCUUAUGUUUGAUAAUAAUUGUUUCUUUUGUUCACUUGUGGAAUCUCAAUUUGCUGCUGUUGAGAUCAAAUAAAAUUUGAGAAGAAAUUUGAGGUUGAUGAGAUGGUCAGAAAUAUCAACAAGACUGCAAAUUAAAGGGGCUGUGUCAUGUCAGUCCAGUUCAUUUUGUUUAAUUUUGCCAAUUACUCACCCUCAAUCGCUAUGGAACUUAAAGUAAGCAAAGAAAUUACAUGUAAAUGACAAAAUCAGAGAUCCGAGACAAACAAAUAUGUCCCCUGAGCAUUAUUUUUGAAGUUGCAAGCAGCAGGGAUCCACUUUGAAAAAGUGUUAGGCUGAACAGUUUUCAAAAACCCUAAUUUCAAUCCGUUUCAAUCUUCUUCAGUUUUGCCCAUCCGUGGCAUCUGUUGUUUCUGUUAUGUUAUUUUAAACUUCCUUUAAAGUUUUAAGCGGUUUUUUUUUCAUGUGUCUCUUAAAUUAGUGGGCAUUUUGUAAUUUCCUAAUUUGGCUGAAUUUCUUGACACAGCUUCUUUAAAGGGGCUAAGUCACACUAUUUGUUAUCUUUUUUCCCAUCAAUUGAAUUCCAAAAAAAUUGGUACGGUAUUCUUAUUUAACCCUUUCAAUACCAGAGUGUUUGAGGGGGUUUGUAGGGUGACUUUAACUUUUGAGUCUACGGACGAAAUCCUAUGAUGUGACCAUUCAGAUGAAAGCUCUCUGCCUGUACUUACAGAUGAUGCCAUUUGUUUCUCAGAAUUUUAGAAAAUGAGAUUUGGAACUUUGGUCGAAAUUUGCCUUUGGCCACAUGUGGCAGUGAAAGGGUUAAUGCCAUAUUUAGGUAUUAAAACGUUUUCUUGGGGGCUGUUGCUACUGAUGGCAAGGAUGGACAUCGAUUAAAACUUUAAAAAGUUGGGGCAACUUUUUCAAGUUUGAAAACUAUGCCUGCAAAAAUGACCGCAACACUGCUAUGGUUAGUUCUCCUUGUAACCUGCGUAUCAAGCGCAAAAAGAGGAGGGGGAUUGGGGAGGGAGAAAAGUGCGAAAGAAGGAAAAAGGGAAGGGAAGUUACUAAAUGAUUGGAGAAAUUUUGAUCUUCCAAAGCUUAUGCCAGUAGAACACAUUUCCUUGAUGCCUUCAUCAUGUUUGUCUCUCACUAAUACACACCAGGAUGCACGCCAAUAAGUUACUCAUCAUGGCUCAGUCAAUCAGGAAUUUGCAUCCGCAGCAAUGAACAAAAGGGGCUUCUUAUAGCAGGCGUUCCUUACCAUCUCUCCCCAAUCCCCCUCUUUUAUGCCUUCCUCCCUAUCCCCUAUCCCUUUCGAUGCCUACUACGCAGGCUUUGCUUCCUGGUGAAAUUUGUUUGAUAUGUUAUUGAGAACUCUACAACAGCAUUUUGUGCAUGGGUUAAGGCACUGAUGAAUGACUCAGCACAGAGUUGACCUAAGCCAUUAAGGGGUAAUUUUUAGUUCUAUCCAGUCAAGAGUGUUUUGAUGCAGCAAAAACAAUCCACUAAGGUUGUGGACUAUGAUCAAAUCCUUGAAGGAGGCCAUCACUCAAAGUGAGGCAAAAUAGAUACCAGUUCCCUGCCAAGAGAAAGCAAAGCCCCUAACAAAAUUGUACGGAGGCAGGAAAAGUGAUCUCGAAAACGGAGAAAAGUUUCAACAAGACAUUAAUUUAGUGAACUAUUAGACCCACAAGUGUAUCUUCACAGCUAAAUAAAUACAGCAUGUUCAGAUUUAAAGAAAUCACUGACUGUUGUGUUUUCCCUUACAGAUACGGAGCCAUUUCCACGCUAUGUCAGUGUUAAUAGCACUGGCAACACAUUUACUUCGGCAAUUUAUUACCUUCUUCUGUAUUUCACUGGUGACCGGUCGCCUUUUAAGAGUGGAAAAUGUUCUGGAAGUGUAGAUGAGGUGGGUUAUAGUUAGACUCUAAAUCAGUAUCUUGUUUUCUCCAGAUCGCAAGGUGCAAGAUUGUCUAUCUUCCCACAUAGGCGGCGGAGAAGGGGAAGCAGGACACAAAAAUUUGGGGGGGGGGGAGCUCUGCCAAACAAUCCCCCCCCCCCAAGAACUACCCAAGAAGCACCAUGAAGAAGGAUCGCCUGAACAACUGCUUAUAGACACACUAGACACUGUGAAGAUUGCAAAGAGAUCUGCUUGUGGCAACGAACAACGCAAAGGGCAUUUUGGAAAAUUUGUGUUUCAAAACGCUCCGCCGCCUCUGCGGACCCACAGAUAAUUCCAACAGUUCAGAUUGCUUCUGCAUCUAGGUUUCGUUUUUGAUUGUGCAACUGAUGCAAGCUUUUGUCUUUUAGCAAUCCUUUAUCCUCUCUUGUUCUAUGUCUUUUCUCCUCCUCAUCAUCCCUGCUAUCCUGCUUUAGAAAUACCCUACCCCCCUCCUCCCCACCCCCCCUCCCCUCUGCCGUGAUUAGAUGAUAACAAAAAGUAUGUAGAAACAAGGAUACUUUUUCGCUUCAGGGGUUUUGAUUGGAUAAUUUUUGCUCUCCUGAUAUAGUUAUUGUUUUAUUUGCCAAUGCCUUGAGCACUUUCUCUCUCCUUUUUAGGGCAUCGUUAAUGCUUCCAUGCAAGGAAAAGAUUUUAAGAGCUCAGGCCUUUGUGUGACUGGUGCAGUUUAUCUGUCACCAGCCGUGUCUCCAGCAUUUGUUUUAGAGAAAUAUGACUCUACUGAGUACUCUACAUGGGCUGAAAGCACGUAAGUCUUAACAUCCACAAACAAAUUCUCCAGACUUAACUCUAUACACUGUCUUAGUGAAUAAGUUGGGAGAAUUUGAUAAAUGAUCAAGGCGUAUCCUCUUUUGUGAUCAUUUAAUCAGGUUUCAUAACCUUUCCCUUGAGUAUGCACUGAUGUUAAAGGUUUAAAUGCUGCCUAAUUAAGAUAAUUGUGCAAACUAAGAUAAUUUCAUUCACAGGAUCAAAAGUCUUGUGCAGCAUAUUUAACAGCAUCACGGUUAAGUACUGCUCUGUACCACUCAUUUUCUACCUUUACCGCUCAUUUUUUGCAAUCUCCUGAAUUUUCCUAUCCUCAAAGUGAAAUCUUAUGGCGUGACCAUUCAAAUGAAAGCUGUCUAAGCCAGUGGCACUGUUUAUUAUGCGGUACAAGUUGGUUCUGACUUUUGAGACUGUGGAUGAAAUCCUGAAGUGUGACCAUUCAAUUAAAAGCUACAUAGUAGUACUUUCCUGUGGAUCUGUUUGUUUUUCUGUACAGUGGCUAUUAGCAACAUUAAUAUUAUCAUCCAGUCGAAGAAAAUUUGGCUAUCAGUGCAUCCAAUAAAUUUUUGUUCUGACAAAAUCGUUCAUACGUAUGUCCGUACGUUCGCAUGUACGUAUGCCCUUCAUGAUAGCAGAUGUAGAAUUUCUUAUUUACUAGCGUAAAAAUUCAAGGCAUAUGCAAAUUGUGUCUAACUUGAUAUUGGACAUACAUGUUUUAAUCAAUUAAUAGCUGUAAAAACUGGGUAUCCGCUGACCAGUGUCACAUGACUGUAUCACAGGCUGAGACAUACAACCUAUUAUUUGAUGAUAUGUUUUUUUUAUUAUAUAGACACGAGUGUUUUAUUGCAAAAUAUACCAAAAAAAAUAUACCAAAAAAUCAUAAAAACUACAUCCGGGAUCCGAGUGGUUUAUUUUCCAUAAUCUCACACGUGAGUUUAUCGAUGACGUAAUUUCGGUCAUUUCCCUCUAUCAUUUUAUCGAUGUCUUUUUGUCUAUAUAAUAAAAAGAACAUUACACGGCGGCUUGAAGAUAUGAAUUUUAUUUUCGAGUGGCAAAAACAAUAUUUUACUCACUCGCUGCGCUCGUUCAUAAAAUAUUGUUUUGCCACUCGAAAAUAAAAUUCAUAUCUUCGCACCACCGUGUAAUAUCCUCUAUUUAAAGUUCUCCAAUGACCAGUUAUGGUGCUCAAGUGAUUGCAGGCUAAAGAGAAGGGACGUUUCGCAAAAGUUCCCAUAAGUGCUUCACUUUUGGUCUAAAUCUAUUUAUUAUUCCAACUGGCUGUUUGUUACUGAACCCCAACAAAAUAUUGCAGGCAGCCCUGUCAUGUUCAAGUAGGGGUACUAAGGGGCCCAACUACUUUAUCUGCAUUCAGUCGAUAGACUCGAUACAGUCAAUGCAAAGGUGGCUGAACACAGUUUUGUGGGCGGUCAGCGGUAACUCGCGUGAUGGCGCGUGUUUUAAAUUAGACAAGCAAACAUGGCGGGGAAAAAAGCACUGGUACACAGAAGACGAUUUUUUAAAAUCUACUCAUUAAAAUUUUGUGAUGUUUGGCAGAAUUUUUACUUUUAUUGUAUUUUAAAUAAUGAGAACUUUAAAACGGAAGUUGAACAAACGAAUUUUGUGACACAUUUAAUAAUUACAGAACAAUUAUAUUAUUGAUUAUCUAAAAACCCGUCUAUUAAAAUGUGGUCAAAUAAGUUUCAAAUGGUGAUGAUUAAUUAUAGUAAGCUGUGUGCAAGUUUAUAGCAAAAUCUAAUGAGCGAUUUUUAUGUAAACUGAGCAAAAGUGAAAUUUUAAGUUUGUAUUCAAUCGCUUAUAUUACCAUGGAAAAUACGAAAACGUCACAUUUUACCUGUCAAUCAAAAUCUUUCACAGUAUAUUUUUCACUUGCCAAGUUUCAGCUUGUGAGCUGCAACCGUUCUCUUGCCAUGAUACUCACAAACUGCCAAAACUGUGUUCAGCCACCUUAAAUUUAAGCUCUAGAAAUCAGAGCAGAUUUGGACCUCCUCUCUCUUUUGAUUCCUAAGAUGGUUCUAAAAGUGUAAUGAGUCAAGAAAAAUUUAUCUGAUCAAGUGAUAAUUUGUAUACUGUUGAUCAUUAAUUUUGCACCAUUGUUUGAAAGGAGUGUUUUAUAAUUUUUUUUAAUCUCCUUUUCUUGUUUACUCAGCUGGGGAGACGAUCUUACAGUAAGACUCUUCCUUGUGGGAAGUCCUCAACUUGAGGUAAUAUAAAUUUGAAGGGGCAUUUGACACCAAGAAUUCCCUACUAGCAGAGGUUUUCCCUGGUAUUCGGUGGAAUACGAAAGGAAAAUAGACCCCCUUCUCCUCUUGGCAUUCCCACCUGUUUUUAUUUGCUCAUUUUCUAUUUUAAGAAAUUCUCAACUUGAAUCUGACGUUUGCUGUUUGCCGUACACGUGAAGCUUAAACUCUUUAAUGUUGGAAGUUGUUGCGUCCCUUUGCACGUAGCUUAGAAAGGAAUAGUUUCUGCCUUAAGCAUUUCCUCAUGUUAAAUUUAUUGUAAUAAUUUUUGAAUCUGUCAAUUUUCUCACUGCCUUUCUUGUUUUCAGGGUGCAACCCUUGCUGCAGGAUUGAUCAUCACCUUAUUUUCAUUUGGACUUGUGUACUUGAUCAACAAAAAGGCCAGUGUGCUUUUCACUCCAAAUAGCCCCCUUGACGCAGACGUGGAUAGCUGA